AUGAGUAAAAUGACUAAACCCAUUAUAGCACUCGACUGCGACGGUGUUCUACUCAAUUAUAACAAAACAUAUGGUCUGAUCUAUAGUCAAACAUUCGGUCAAGAAUUAAUUGUCGUCAAUCCUCGAUCUUAUCAUGCCAAAAACAUGUACAACAUCACCAUGACUGAUGAAGAAAAAAUAGAAUUUAACAGAGUAUUCGAUGGUUGGAGAAACAUGCCCAUGUUUGAUGGAGCUUUAGAAGCAUGUAAUCUACUGCGCGCAGCUGGUUACGAGUUGUUCUGUGUAACAGCCAUACCGGAAAAAUUUGUCCAAGCUCGACUAGAAAAUUUGCAGAAACAUGGCUUUUCAAUUGAUCGUGUUAUUGGAAACCCCACAUUUGACAUGCGAAACACUGCCGACAAAUUACGGGGCGGUUGA